UCGACUUCGGCUUUUUUUUCCUCCUCUUGCUACGUCGCACCAACCAUCGUCAACCUUCGCCCUUUUCCCUCCCCCUUCCCCCGGUUCUCAUUCCAUUCUCCACAGGGAAGUCGUGACGGCUUCGUCUGGCCUCUUCAUUCUUUUCAGAGAAUAUCUUCUGCCCAUCGGCUGUGAUUAGCACAAUGGCCGCUCCCGCUGCUGCUGCUGCCCCCGCGGCUGAUUCUGCGCCUUCUACUCGCCCGACUCGACCCGACGAGAAUGUCUUUAAGCAGGAGCUCGCCAAGGCCGAGAAGGAGCACAAGGCUUCCAUGGACAAGUUUAACGCCAUCAAGGCCAAGAUUGACGUUGCUCUGCCCAACAAGAACAAGGACCAGCCCAGCCCUACCCAGAAGCGUCGCCAGGAGCUCAUUGCUCAGGCCAACGAGAUCCGCCAGAAGCAGGCCGGUGGCAAGAAUGCCCGUACCUCCAAGCUGGACCAGAUCAAGCGCCUCGAUGAGCAGCUCCGCAGCCGUAUCAACGAGCAGAAGACUGCCAAGGCCAAGGUCCCCUUCAAGAGCGCCGAGGAUAUCGACCGCCAGAUUGAGACUCUCGACAAGCAGGUCAACUCGGGAACCAUGAAGCUUGUCGACGAGAAGAAGGCCCUGACCGACAUCUCCAACCUUCGCAAGCUCCGCAAGAACUUUGGCCAGUUCGACGAGGCUCAGAAGCAGAUUGACGAUCUCCGCGCCAAGAUCAAGGAGAUCAAGGACUCCAUGGAGGACCCCGAGCAGAAGGCCCUGUCCGAGCAGUACAACAAGAUCCAGGCUGAGAUCGACACCAUCAAGGCCGAGCAGGAUGAGGCCUACAAGAGCCUGUCCAGCCUCCGUGACGAGCGCACCAAGCUGCAGGCCGAGCAGCAGGAGAAGUUUGCCGCCAUCCGCAAGCUUAAGGACGACUACUACGGCGCAAAGAAGGCCGAUGCCGAGCGUGUCCUUGCCGAGGCCAGCGAGCCCGCCUACCUCGACGAGAUCCGCCGUGCUAACAGCCUGCUGGUCUUCCUCGACCCUACUUUCAAGGCUGAGAAGACCCCUCUGCUGGCCAACUCUGGCUUGACUGCUCAGGCUCAGCGCACCGUUGACGAGGCUGGUCUCAAGGGUACCAAGCUUGUCCGCAAGGAGGACCGCGAUGACGAGUACCUCCCCGCCCAGUCCAAGGGCAAGAAGGGCAAGAAGGGCAACAACGCCGGUUCCGCUCAGAAGGGCUUCAACUGCCCUCCCUCCGUGGUCGAGGACUGCACGUUCCUGUCCCUCGAUCCCCCCAUGCGCAAGGAGGACGUGCCUGAGUUGAUUGAGAAGGUCAAGGCCAAGCUUGAGCACUGGAAGGAGGACCAGGCUGCCCAGACCCAGCGUAACAUUGAGAAGGCCAAGAAGAAGCUCGAGGAGAUCGAAAAGGCCGAGGCCAACGGUGACAAGGUCGAGGAGGUCGCCGCCGAUCUCAAGGACGCCUCCCUCGAGGACAAGGAGAAGCAGGAGGAGUCAUAAACGGCUCCCGAGUCUCUUGUCACCCUUGCAGGUCAAAACAGCCAUCGACAAUAUCGACAACCGAUAGCCACCUUUUCUUUUUAACUUUUUAAAAGUUACGUUCAUCAUAUCAAGCUGACGCGCCUCAUCUUUCGUUCCCAGCUCGGCUCUCGUCUCUUCA